AUGCAGGAAAACACAACAGCUUCUCCUACACCAAAACAAACACAAAAAUCUAGCAAAGCAAAUGAAAAGGGUUUUUCCCUCUUCACCCUUUUCAAGUUUGCUGUUGGAGUUGACAUAUUCUUGAUGGUUUUUGGGUCAAUCUGCGCCAUUGCAAAUGGACUAGCACAGCCUGUUAUGGCACUCCUAUUCGGUGGUGUUGUCGACACUUUUAGCACUGCGGAUUACCAGCAUAUGCCUCAAGACAUAUUGCGGGUAUCUAUCAAGCUACUAUACUUGGCUGCUGGAGCAGGGAUUGCUGCACAAAUCCAGGUCUCAUGCUGGACCAUCACAGGAGAAAGACAGGCUUCUAGAUUACAAGGCUUGUACUUUGAAACAUUGUUAAGACAAGAAAUUGGAUAUUUUGACACCGAAAUGACAGUGGGACAAGCCCUUGGGAUGGCUUCAAGUGAUGCUAUAACCAUUCAAGAUGCAAUGAGUGCAGAGGUUGUUAUCCUAGAGAAGAAGAUUGACAUUAUUAUUUUCAAAUUCUUGCACAAGGCUUCAUCCUUAACAGCAGAAAAUGAAGCCAUCACUAAGUAUGCCAAGAAACUGGAAAAAGUCAACGUGUUUUCUGCCAGACAAGGAUUGGUCUCAGGGCUAGGAUUAGGAAUAGUGUCUUUUAUUCUUUUUGGUGGUUAUGGACUAACCAUUUGGUAUGGAUCUAAAUUAAUCCUGGAGAAAGGUUACACAGGUGAACAGGUUAUCAGCAUUAUAGUUGCAUUGGUGUAUGGUGGAAUGGCAUUGUUACAAUCUUCGUCGUGUUUAAACGCAUUAUCAUCAGGAAAAGCUGCUGCAAGUAACAUGUUCAAGACAAUCAAAAGAAAGCCAAAAAUCAAUGCUUUUUAUUCGACUGGGAUUGUACUGGAAAACAUAACGGGCGAAAUUCAUCUAAAAGAUGUCUACUACAGAUAUCCUGCAAGGCAAGCUGUGGAAGUAUUCUCUGGUCUAUCUUUACACAUCUCAAGUGGUAAGCAUGUAGCCUUAGUUGGGAAAAGCGGAUGUGGGAAGUCAACAGCGAUCAGUUUAUUAGAAAGGUUUUACGAUCCAGAUGUUGGUGAAGUAUUAAUAGAUGGUGUCAGUGUGAAGAGAUUACAACUCAGGUGGCUAAGAGAAAAGAUAGGCUUAGUCAGUCAGGAACCAGUAUUAUUUGCCACAACAAUAAGAGAGAACAUAGCAUAUGGAAAGGAAAAUGCUACAGAAGAUGAAAUCAACAAAGCCCUUCAGUCUUCUUCUGCUGCAACCUUCAUCAAAGACUUACCACUGCUGAGAAUUGCUAUUGCUAGGAUAAUUCUAAAGGACCCUACAGUUUUCCUUCUUGAUCAAAUAACGAGUACAUUGGACACAAAAACUGAAAAAGCAAUCUAUGAUGAAAUCUUCAAGAUUGCAUCAAGACGAACAGCAAUAAUCAUUACUCACAGUUUAUCAAGUGUUGAAAACGUUGACAGUAUUGCAGUUAUGCAUCAGGGAAAAAUUGUGGAGCAAGGAACUCAUGCUGAAUUAAUCAGAAAUCAAGAUGGGCACUAUUCCAAACUAGUUAGUUCACAAGGGAAAAAUCAAGUUGAGAAUUCCAAACGGAUGAAUGGAGAAACAAGAAAGUACAUCACUGAGACAAUGGAAAAUUUUGAGGGUCUGUUGUCAUCCACUGAGAGUAUUACAAGAGAAAGUUUAUCAAGUGAUAGGGUGUUAAUUUUUAUGUCUCGUUCUUCUCGCACAUGCGAAUUAAUUUUCGGCCCUGAAGUAGAGAAGACCAUGCGUAGAACGAGGAAAGAGACCAAACAGCUCAGGGAGGAGCAGUCCAGUGUUGCGUCUCAGGGACUUAAUCCAGAGGUUGAAUCGACAAAUUUGCGUGGUGAUUAUUCGAGUGAUUCAGACCAAGAGAAAGUUACCAUGGCGAAUGCCCGAACACUAAGGGAGUUGGCUGCCCCAGAUUUAAAUCAGCAACCCUUAUGCAUUACUUUUCCGCAUUUAAAUGAUAACACAUCUUUCGAGUUAAAAUCUGGCCUAAUUCAUCUUUUGCCAUCUUUUCAUGGCUUAUCAGGUGAGGAGCCUUACAAGCACUUGCAAGAGUUCGAUGUCGUUUGCAACAGUAUGAAACCCCCGAAAAUUACAGAAAAGCAGAUAAAAAUGAGGGUCUUCCCCUUCUCUUUGAAGGAUUUCGUGAAAGGCUGGUUGUACUACCUACCACCAGGUAGUAUCACCAUGUGGGACCAACUGAAGAAAAUUUUUUUGGACAAGUACUUUUCGGCAUCUCGAGCUGCAAGUCUAAGGAAGGAGAUAUGCGGUAUCAAACAACACCCAGGUGCAAGCGAUGCAGAGUCAGAUGAGUCAGAUGACAAUAGCAAUCAACCACCUGGAAUCCCAAGUUUAAGGAAAAUUGCCGUUUCAACCAUUGAAAUUGAACUUGAAGAAUGUAAGUGCAAUGACCUUAAGGAGCGGGAAGGAAAUUCAAGGACCCGAACUCGUGAUUCCGAAGGAUAA